CUACACAAGGAUCCAUGGUGAAAAAUGUUUCCCCUGUACAAAGGCAGUGACUCUCCUCUACUCCUGUGCUGUCUGCUCUCUCGUCUGUAUGUGUUAGAAACCCCACCUCCCCCAGUGCUUCUCUCCUCCCCUCCACUCCCCUCUCAGUCUCUGGCUGAGAAAUCCCAGGCUGCGUUUAAUUGCAGAGUGUAAAGGCUUUAGUUGGGCUAAUGAGCUCAGCACCGGAGCUGAGAUUCACUCACGCACUCUCUUACACACAAACCUGUAUGGAGCCGCUGUCUUUUACCGGAGGAGCCACACAAGGCAGUUGGAUUUCAGGUGGAGAGGAAAAAAGGAUUUCAGAAUUUCAGGUACAGCCGACUGUCUGAGAGAAUGUACCAGAGGCAAGAGACGGAGUAAGAGGUGGAGAAACAGAGGAGAGCGGGAGGGGAGGGGAGGAAACGGGAAAUACACAGCCAAGUGCUAGAGAGAGGGAGAGCGAGAGAGAAAGAGAAAGAGAGAGAGAGAGAGAGAGACGGGAAGCCUGCAAUAGCAAAUGAGACAGAACAACGAGGCGGGAGAGGUAGAGAGAGAGAGAGAGGGAGAAGGAGGGAGGUGGAGAGGGGCCCCAUGCAGGAGAGAGGGCUAGAGGGUGAGGAAGAAGGAGUAAGAAAAAGUUAGGAGAAGUAGGAAAAGGGGGUCCAGAGAAAGAAGAAAAGAAAGAAAGAGAGGGUGCAGAUAUUAAGAACUACAGGAGAGAAAAAAAGGGCAACAACGAGCAGGAAGGAAGGGGAGGGAGAAGUCUUGGGCACAAAAAAAAAAGAGAGCUGAGGAAAAGUUUUCUUGUGGGAAAGACGCAGAUGAAGAAAACAGAGUGAGUGAAUGACUGGGCUGGAGAGAGCAGGGAGGGGAGGAAACCAGUUGUUUUCUAAGGCGUUUUCCACACAAGCCUCUGGACUCCUUUGGACAUGUACACAGACAGCGCGCGGACAACGGGACACCACCGGUUUCUUCAACACAACAGCCCCUGCCACUGCCGUCACUGCACCCACUAUGAGCCACCAUACCCCCACCACAGCGGGCCAGGAUAUUGGCACGCACCAGCACAGGCAGACCACCCAUCAUUGGACUGCAGGAGAGACAUUCAGGCUCCUCGGCAUAAAGAUGUAGGAGGCAGAGCUUUCGGAGUGGACAGGACUGAGAGAGGCGGUCAUCGCAGCCCACAGAGGAGGCCUGUGUUUGCAGGGCCGGGCCCCUACAGCCAGCCAGACGACUUGAGCCAAAACUACCCCUGGGACUUGAACCCUGCCCAGUGGAACUGCCCGCUGGAGCCUGGGGUGAGACACUACCCGUCUGUCAGAGAACAGUGUGCCUGUGUGGUGUUGGGUGACGCAAGGGCACACCCCUUUAACACCAGGCCACAGCAGCCACUCCCACCCCCUCAGGUCAGAGGUCAGGGCCACACACACAGACGGGCUGUCAAGUAUGUCUUCGAAGAGGAGGUGGAAGGGGGCUCGGGAUGCACCCCCGAAUGCUAUCAUUUGCAGCCUCAUGCACUCGGUCCCCAGCCAGGGCAUUUGUACAUGCCCAAUGGCCACUGUGGACCGAGGCCUGUGUGCUUUGAGGGAGGGGAGGAAAGAGAUAGCCAUCAAGACUGGAGCAGAUUGAAGGGUGGAUCAGAGGAUGGCUGUAAUGGACGUGGUGCCUCUCAAAAGGGUUUCUUCUCCACCGAAGUCCCACAAAAGCACUUGAACCAGAGCAGACGGAAGGGGCCCUGCGUCCCUCCUACUGGCACCUCGAGCCAAGAGCCCUUGAAAACUCCAGUCAACAACCACCAUGAGCACCAGGGUUCGGACAUAGCCAAGCAGAAGGGGAAACAGGAUUCGGUCCGGGAUCAAAUCCGACAAGUGGUCACCGAUCUGGAAGAUGUGCUGGGGGGUCUGAAGCAGGUUCACGUGGAGAUGAAAGAGGUGGUUGAGCAGAUUGAUCGUCUCACAGCCAACAUUGACCUUGGCGAGGGAGGAUCCAGUAAUGUUCGCAGCUCAUCUCACCCUGGAGACCUCAGUUUGGCCGUGGUGCCCAAUCAUAAGCCCAGUCCAGUCCAGGUAUCGCAGCACAUAGACGAGGACCACAUCAUCCUACGAACUCACUCUCCCUCCCCUGUCCAUACAGCAUCGGUUGUCAAAACCAGUCGCGUCACCCCACCCAGCCACGGUAAAGACAUCAACCACGACCGACCCGGCAUAAACGGCCACCCGCCUCACAUGUGCCCCCCCAGGGACUCCAACCACGUUGGCCAAACCCAUCCAGAGCCCCCCCCACGGAGUCUAGACCCCAAGAUCAUCAUUGGGAACAGUACCAGCAGUUCAAGAACUCAGAAGCCUCCACCGUACCCCCAAAACGGGAGGUGUGUGAAGGGCUCGUACCCGCCUCCCAACCCCGUAAGAACUCCUGCCUGCCCUGGGAGAGGCCGACAGAGCACCAGCAUGGUGUGAAGGAGGGGGUGGUCUGCCCCAGUGCCAUGGGGGCCUGAAACAUGAGACCCUGCAGAGCGUGGAGGUCAGAGAGGGACCGGGCAGGGGAACAACUCAUGCAGGAGCUGAUGCCACUGAGACAAGCUGUCAACUGGUGGAGACAGAGCUCGGCCUGAAGGUGGGGAUAUUUCCAAGGGAAAACUCCCCCAAGAGUCAAGCCUUUAUUAUGCAAGCAUGUGAUGGACAGAAGUGAGGCGGGAGUACACAUGGAGCAGCACUCAAACUUUCCCAGUCCAACCCCUCGAAGGAGUCGUACUUGUGCUGCUACUGGAGAUGUAAUAGCAAAUUAUGAGGGGGGAGACAUGGACUCUCAUCCAGUAAACACAAAGAGAAACAAAAAAAUGUGUCUUUUCAUGAUUAUUAAUUUAUUUUUUUGUUUUUAUUGAAGAGAAAAACAAAAUAUUUUCAUACAGGUUACAGAGGUCUAAUACUACCUAAUAUAAUGUAUGCAAUGACGUAUUGUUAAGAUUUUCAUAACCUUACAAAGGUGGAUUAACUAUUCCACAAAAAUAUGGUUAAAGUUGGUUUUCUCAUUGGUUACAUUACCAAAGAACAACCAAAGAGAAGGAGACAAAGAAGUCGCGAAUGAACCGGUAAGAAUACAUUGCAAAGCAAUGGCUUGUUCUGUUCUUGUCUCAGUGAUCUCAUUCUACAGGAGUUGCAUUGACCGCUGAAUGUUCCACAUUUGUUCAUGGAAUAAAGGAAACGAUGACAACGUUU